AUGCUUAUGCUUUGCCUAAAGAAUUAUUGUCAGUUUGAUGACAAGUACUAUCAACAAGUAAAUGGCACCCCAAUGGGCUCCCCAAUAUCGGGGCUGCUUGCAGAACUAGUCUUGCAGAGACUAGAACAGGAUGUUGCGCAAACUUUUGAACCAAAAAUGUGGCUUCGCUGCGUGGACGACACAUUUGUCAUCAUAAAGACCAGCGAAGUUGAGCAAAUGCACCAUAACUUAAAUAGCGUCUUCCCGGCUAUACAGUUCACUCGCGAAGAAGCAACAGGAGAUAUCCUCCUGUUCUUAGAUGUGAGUAUACAAAGACUUGGUGAUGGCAAACUAACAACAAGCGUCCACAGAAAAGACUCUAGUGCCGAAAUCAUACUUAGCUAUGGGAGCAAUCAUCCUUCGGCACAUAAACGAAGCUGCGUUCGCAUUCUUUUCCAUCGGGUCUAUCGCAUCUGCAACAGUGAUGACUUACUUAAGAAAGAAUUGGCUUACUUACAUCGGUUCUUCCUGUCCAACGGAUAUCACGCCAGUUUUGUAAAGAACUGUCUCAGACGCCAGAGACAAAUACUAAGCGCCGAGUCUAAUGGAAAUAGAGUCUCACAGAAAUUCUAUUCACUGCCAUACAUUCAGGAAAUUUCUAAAACACUCUCCCGGCAAUUAAAACGCUUUGGCAUCUCCAUUGCCCAUAAGACCUCAUCUUCCCUACGCGAGGCAUUUUGCAGAGUAAAGGACCCGGUACCCAAUGAACAAAUAACUAGCGUCAUCUACCGUAUACCGUGCGCCAACUGCCCUUGUGUGUAUAUUGGCCAUACAGGACGAUGUCUUGGGACUCGCAUUAACGAACACAAGUUAGCCCUCCGCCGACGUGACCCUCUGUCCCUCGUGUUUGCGCACGCCCUUGAGCAUGACCACCGUUUUAAUUGGAACAAUACUGAAGUGAUCGCAAGGGCUAAAACUAGACAGGCACGAAAAUUCCUCGAAGCUUGCCAUUCUGGCACGACCAGCACCAACCGCCACGUCAAUCUAGACGCUCACUACGAGGGCUUACGUACACGCUCACUGUCUUUUUCCCACACUAACAACUGCAAACCUCCACUCGGCCACAUAGACAAACGCUGUUUCGCCAUUCCGCCACCCCCCCUACGGUGAACAACAACCGAAACCCCCUAACACCUCCAACGUCGGCGCAUUGCCCCUGACCUCAUCCCGCAUCAGUGACCAGCCACCCGCAUUCUCACUGAUCUGCAAUCCCCCCGCGUUUUCUCCACCUCCAACACAGGGAGCCCUAACGGUUCUCCCUUCCCUCCUCCUGCCCCACAGCCUGCCAUAACUCGGCCCCACCCCUCUCACGCAUCAGCUGUCCGUUUGCCGUUGUCUGUCCUGUCGCGCCAGCCGACCUAGUCUGCCCAUUUCACUUUCCCUUCUGUUCAUUUCGUCUGGCAACGGGUCGGCGUCACUGACUUGAAAAUUUAAGAAGAGUACAAAUCGAUAUUUCGAAGAGCCUUCUCUUUUUCAUAUAUAUAUAUAUAUAUAUAUAUAUAUAUAUACAUAUACAUAUAUAUCGACAAGGUUGGAAAUGCGUACACUGAUCGAUCUACGGAGAAUGUUGCACAUGCUGCGCCCUGACGAUCAGUGCAGAUCCCCAUAGGCAUCCACACACCCGCUAGACGUAAGCGCAGGAGACGAAUGUUGACAGAGGCAAGCACAUGCCUAUUAGCCGCCGUCCGUUAUUCCUAACCUAACUCAUAUUUUCUAGACAUGGGUCUCGAACUCGCGUUCUUUGAUCAUCACGCGUUGUUAAGUUCAGCGACCUACUAUUAACCACAGGCCCUUCGUCGCACAUUUCAUUCUCUAAAUAUCUUGCAUUUUAAGCAUAAUUCAAACACUCCGUACGCGUGGAAGAAGGCACAGAAGAUAUACUCAACAUCGGUCAACGUCAUUUAAAGAGGGCACGCCUACAGCCUUACGGGAUACAAAUCCACCUGACAAAACAGUUCUGACCUUGGUGUUUGUUUGGGAAUUAGUCAGACCGCUAAGCCACCAUGUGUUGUGCCAGCUCUGGCUGUGCGCCGAAGGGUGUGGCAGAAAAUGCGUAAAUUCAAACCACUUACAAACUCCCGAAUUCGUACCACACAAAUAAACUAUUCGGCAGCUCCGCGUGACUCCACCCGACGACCGGGUGCACGCCAUCCACCCAUUUGUUCCUUUAUGAUCGUAUGUGCACCGGCCUCCCCCAGGAGGGGGGUAGGUGGCACGACAAUGCCUUUUCCAGGCACGCGGACCGCAGCUAAAGUAGGUUGACUCAUCUGUGUGCCGCAGUUGGGCUGGCUGGCACACUGAGUGAGAACAAUUUGGACAACUAACCGUCCUGCACUGUUAAGGCUAUUCUCGAGUGAGAAUACGCUCCGUGAGGUUGAGGGUGGUGUGAAACGUCCUUUAGUGGUAUUGAAUCACACUAUAUCUAUUCAGCGUCUGGACAUAUUUCUGGAUAGAAGACGUCGAUUACUCACUAUGUGUGAAUUACGUACAGAUCGCACCGAUAGUGCUUAGACAGUUCGCACUUUGGCAUUUGGAGAAACACCCAGUCGGCAUAACGCGACUCAGCCUGCGUGAAUAGCUGUUCUUAUGGCGCCUCGGUGUUUUCACCUCAGAAUGUACAAGACUAAUUCCCCCACCGACAAAGUACUGGCAGGAUGUAGACAUCAGACGAUCAAUUAAUUUAAAAGUUCAUAUCCGUGAGUAGUGGACGGAUUAGGUGAAAAAGUCUGGAUAGGGAUCUAGCACAAAUGAUGGAAUUAUUGUCGCGGAAAAUAUGCGGCAGGAGCAGGAAGCUGGCAGCUGACGCGCUGGUCGUUGCUGACGUAACGACAGCGUGGUGGAUCUUCAAACACAUGCGCAGUUCGAAUAUGCAUGCGGAAAUCGCUCAAUACUACACUCGAGAAAAUAGUAGCCCAACGCCAAUCCCAAACAUAACGCUAACUCUAAACGUGACAGUAUCUCCUACCAAAAACUCAACAUACACGUCAAUAUACGUCAAAGUAAAUCUAACCGUAUCAAUAAUUUUCUCGAAAUUUUGCACAAAUCCAAGAGACGAUUUUGCUCCCGGCCCAGCCGGAGGGACCCAUUUAAAAUAUUCAACCAACCGCAACCAUAAACUUAAUCAUAAACCUGACCGCAACCCGAAAGCUAACUUAUCCCCAAACAAAGCCAUCAAAGCAACAAUAAAAGUAAACUUAAACCUUACAAUAAUUUCAGUAACAUUUAGCACAAGUCCAUGAGGCGCUUGGAUGCCCGACCCAGCCGGAGGGGACCAUAUAAAAAUCCGUGUCUUCUGAAAUCUUACGCGGUAAAUUGUUGAAUGAAAUGAGUAGGGCGAUUCACGGUAAUCGCAUUCGCAGACGAGCGUCAUAAGUGCGGGAAAUUACGACAAGUAAAUGACUGCAAACUGUACGUUCGCAUGGUAGUCAGUAGAAGGCAGAGUGGGAGUUUCAAUUUUCAUGCGAAAACCAUCGUCCAGAUAAUGCACAGACAGUCAUGCAGCAUAAAAUAAUGCCGCCGAAUAUGCUCUCACCCAUGUUGGAAACUCCGCAUAUGGGACUGUAAUGCGGAUGCUCGACAGUUCAGGUGUUUAUUCACCAACUCUCAAUCAACAUUAACAUUCGCCUUUAGCAUGCCUUUUUCAUCGUUUCUCCACGCCGAUAACGAUGCCUUUCCGAGAGGAAGUCGACUACCUCGUUUGUUAGAAUAUUUCGACUUCAAAUAAUUCAGCAUAUAACAAGCGGAUGUAACGGGGAGAUGUCCCGCGUCCAAGAAAACGCUUGCGGCAUUCAACCAUCUGGCAUCAUGCGUCAUUCGGCCGCUAAUCUCCCGCUACAGCUUCCAAAUCAUGCCGAAUACGUGGGAGUAUUAAGAUAAUGUGUGUCGUAGAAAACGUUACUAACGACGACAGAAGAAGAAGAAGAAUUAAUAACAGUCAUUUUAGCGAGCAUUUAUGAAAUGCAGGGUAAAAUGGUAAAUGACUCUCAGACAUAGGUCGGAUUUCCAAAUUCCUAAUAACAAAUAUGGCAGACGGAUGAUGAGGUGCGUAGUCACAGAAGAGACCAAAAGUGGCUUUUCUGCAAUGAAAGUUUGUUCACCUAACAUGAACACAAUAAACUGCUUUCGAAUGCAUGCAAACUAUCUCGACCAGUCCAGGGAAAGCAGAGGGCGAAUGAAAUUGAGCAGGGAAACGAAAUAUACGUGCGUCUUUGCUGUAUGGGUCGCACACAACCAGUCUCAAUCAACCUCUGCGCCAAUAUCAAGCCCAUGACAGCCGACUACGCAGUUACAGUUGUGACUUGCAGCCUCCCUCUCCCACGCACGCGGUUUCUAUGCUACCGUCGACAAAUCUACCUGCCACUACACUUCGCGGUCUCUAAUCGCUCUGCACCUUUUUGAAGGAAACCUCAGUUCGUCCUCUAUGGGGAGCCAAACCCUAGUUAAGCUUAAAAUGCAGAUUUGACAUAUUUGGUCAUAUAAAUACCCUUAUUAUUGUUGCUCAACCGGAAUUCAAAUGACCUCUUAUGUUCCAUAUGAUGGUUCACUUGUGAGUUAGGGCGGUCAAAGUUAGAUGGAUGCCUAUGACGUGUGUGAUGAGGCGAUUCAGUUUAGAAAGGGAGGGGUGGUGACUUUACGGUGCCACGGGGCCUCAUUGUGUACAAAGUUUUAGCGUUCAAAACUACCUACGGUAAAUGAGUCCAAAUGAAGAAGGACCGGAGUAAAUUGCAAAAGUGUCGAAUCAUUUAGUAAUUCGCCAAUUCAUCUUAUAACGACAGGCAUGCCAAAUCCACCAGACCGUAAGUGAUCGACUUUCGUUUACGCGUGCAGCAUACCUCACGGUCGCCAACUCCAAGUAUGCCAGGUCAUAGGUUACUCAGGAUGGCUGGUUUACACAUCCACUUAUCAAGCCACGAAUUUGGCGGGUCAUUUUCGCCUACGAUUACCCAUGGCUUGUUCUAAUGAGGGAUCUGGGUCAAACACAGCUAGUCUCACUUAAUCUCCCCUAAAGCAUGUUCAAGCCCAGGACAGGUCGACCACAGAUGAGAUGAGAUACAUUUACGGCUGUGGCCUGAAGCCUCCGUCUUCCACGUACAUAGUUACUAGGCUACCGUCAACGCGUCUGUUUGACACUGCUCUUUGCGGUCGCUAACCCCUGUGAUUCAGUCAUACCUCCUUCAAUUUUGGCUCUGAGUAAUGCACUAGAUUUCGACCAGAUGGCACGUUCAGUAGAUGGACUGUUGAGUGCUUACAAAUACAGAUUAAUCGGCUUCGACCGGUUAAUCGGUAGAUUGGAAAGGACAUUAUGUCUGCCGAGGCGACUUUGGUUAUUAAAUUAAUCUUACGUAAUUUAGCCGAGGUAGCCGCCAACAGGUCCCUCGCACACGAGGUGCGAUUUACACGAGUAUCCUCAAACACUCGCUAAACCUGACAAAUCUGGCAAAUUACAAGGGACCACGAUUGAAGUAGAUAUGACUGCCGAAUUUGUGUGCUGAAAUGGACAUCGACAUUUACAGUGAGUGACCGAUGUCCUGAAAUGUUGGCUGGAAUUAUGAAAUGCGUUUCCGAUUAUGAAGGAUUACUUAAGUGGGGUUGGUAUACUGAUUAUCAUGCAGCAUAAUCAUAUAAGAUUUCAGACUCGCCAGGAUGGCGGCUUUUGAAUGCACUUCUUUUUGACAUCAUGCGGAAACCACAGUCGGUAAAGAAUGACUACAUAUGUAACAUGCAUUUUUCCUAUUGAUUUUCGAGGGCCUUAUAAAUUCAAAAAUAUUUUAUAGAAAGCGUGCACAAAAUCUGCUUUCUUUUGCUCAGUUGUUAGGAAAUCACAUUGUCCUUAUAUUUUAUGCCCGAAAAAGUGUAUAUUUAAGUUUUGAAUAAGUUUUUAAUUAUGAGGUUUUUAAGACCAUGCGAUGUCCAUGAAUGCAAGACUGUACAUGUCCGUUUACUAAUGCUCCUCGUGAAAUGUAUAAAACGGUCGGGAUCCAUUGAAAAACUUCAUGAACUCUAUGUUGUAUCUUUUUAAAGGCAUAAAGGAAUAUACGAUUUUCCUUACGCGGAAAGCAUGCACCUUGUAGACCAAAAUUGCUAAACGCUGAUGCAAUGGCAGAUCAGGCUGAAAAAAUUCGAUAAAUGGGAGACAUUUUGAAAACCUAAAUAUACACUUUCUUCGGGCAUAAAAUAUGAAGACAAUGUGAUUUCCUACCAAAUGAGCAAAAGAAAGCAUAUUUUGUGCAUGUUUUCUAUGAAAUAUUUCUGAAUUUAUCUAAUCAUCGGAAAUCAAUAGGAAAAAUGCAUGCUACAUAUGUAGAAAUUUUUUACCGAGUGUGGUUUCCGCACGAUGUCAAAAAGAAGUGCAUUCAAAAGCCACCAUCCUGGCGAGUCUGAAAUCUUAUAGGGUGAUGCUUCAUGAUAAUCAGUAUAAUAUCCCCACGUAAGUAAUCCUGCAUAAUCGAAAACGAAUUCCAGAAUUAUGGCCGAAAUUUCAUGAUAUCAAUCACGCACUGUAUGUCUUAUAGAAACUGGGAACAAAAGUAUGUUUUCUUUCAGUAGUUUAGUAAAGAAUUACGUCAGAUUUAUAUUUUAUACUCGAAAAGGGAGCAUCAUUAGGUUUAAAGAGAGUUUUCAAUUGCCGAAUAAUUUGAAGUCUGCUCAGUCAUUGCACUAGCGCUUAGUGAUUUCAGUCUACAAGGUUAAUGCGUACCACGUGGAGAAAAUCACAUAUUCUUCUAUGCUUUCAAAAAGAUGUCAUACAGAGUCCAUAAAAUGUUUUCAACGGAUGCGGACGUUGCUUUACAUUUCAUGAGGAGCAGUGGCAAACGAACAGGCACAAUGCUAUAUGAAUGGACAUUGCGCGGUCUUAAAAAUUUCACUAUUAGAAACUUUGCUAAAACCUAAUUAUACUCCCUUUCCGAGUACAAAAUAUAAAAAUGACGUGAUUCGCUAUCAAAUGACUGAAAGAAAGCAAAUUUUUGUUUGUGGUUCCUAUAAAAUAAGUUGUCAUUUUUUACCGAAUACGGUUUCUACAGGAAAUAAAAGAGCAGUGUAUUCAAAAGCUGACAUCUUGCCGAGUCCGUGAUAUCAUAGGAUUAUGUCGCAUAAUAAUCAGUAUGACAACCGCGCCUAAGUAAUCCUUUCUAAUCGAAAACGCAUUUCAGAAUUCCAUGAGAUCCAUGAGAUCGGUCAGUCACUGCAUAUGCUGACUUGAGGCAUGCUGAUAAGCUUCCCCCUCAGACGGGACCUGAAGUAUGUUGGUUGAGUGUUUCCAAUAUUAAGUAGACUUCUGCCUUGUCUGUCGGGGAUAGGAUUUGGCAAACCAAGCCAUGCUGAUGCAAGCGUCUCAGCCAGCGAAUGUGGCGUUUUGGAUCUUGAGAAGACAGAAAUAGAAUUUAUAAAACAUGCAUGAAACUCCGUCCAGCAACCGGAUACUUUGUGUAGCCGUCAGUCAGCAGCAGAGCAUUAGCUGCAAAGGACUAAUGCUGGACCGCACUCUUCGAAGCCGUGUGGGUCUGUGCUCACGGGAAACAUACGAGUGCAGACAAUUAAUGAGAAAACCGACACCUCUGUGGACUCUUGCUGUGCUGGCGGUGAUGCUGAUGGUACGUUGGCAUAUCGGUGGAGGGUCGAAAUUCCAGCGGGCAUCCUAGUGCAUGGGGCGGUCAUUAUUUUCUUCGUCGAAUUCACCGGAAGAACGUUGAAAAAUGGAUCGAUAAUUGGUUAAGAUGGAUUUAUUGCGAAAAGCGCAUAAAAAAUGUCAAUUAUUUGUCCGAUAGGGGAGUGCCCCCACUCUAGACUGUUUUUUUGCGUGCGGGCCGUGCAACAGCCCAUCGACCAACAGCCCACAGCCUACUGUCGAACACUGUUGUUAGCAGACACCAGCGAUUGACAGGCCGGUAAGUAUCGGAAUAUUCGCAAACAGCAAGGAUAGACGCCCGAGGAAGGGUUAUUAUGCCUUCUUACUUCGAUCCACCUUGCGAUAGGCAGUCUCGACAACGUCCUAGUCUUUUGCGCCAUAAAAACCAGGGCUCGCACCUUCUGUCUGAUUAGUAAGCAAUCACGUGUCUAGCAAUUUAUCAUAGCAGCUACCUUUACGCCUUUAUUGGUGAAGAUAUCGCGGUAGAAAUUAAAUGUCGAUAGAGUGGUCGCCUAACCUAACCAGAACAGGAAGACUUGAAAGCUGAAGAGGGUCUAAUCUGUCGUCGGGUAUUGUGGCCAAGCGCUGCAUGAUUUAAGCCACGGGAUCAGACGCUGUAGGUUGUGAUCAGAAAUACUUCCAAUAUGCACUAUUUAGGUCGAUUUACGAACCAUUAAGUCAGGAUUCUGAGUCCAUUUCAGGCCAACAGAAUUUGGCGAUUUGUUUGGUUCAUUUGCUUUCACAACCAUCCACAGAGCUUCAAAACUGUUACACCAUUGGCAAUACGUCCAGCUGGUAGAGCUGCCCAUUUUACUCUGCACCUGGUGAACCUAAUCGCUUAGGCGUGGAAGUUGAGUGAAGAGACCGUUGGGAUUGGGGAAAGUCGAAUUUUAGAUUAUUCAGUAGACUACAUCCUGCCUUAUUGGUAACGGGUUGGGUUGCGGUACAUGAAUACUUCCUCGAGGAGUGCAGUUAGUGUUCUGCAUUCGUGUAAGGCACUCUAUACUUCUUUUAUUUCCUACAUUCGUGAGGGAAGAAAACAGGCUCAAUAGACAGCCUGUUUUAUGGACGUUGGAGUGGAGGCUUCGGCGGCUGGAGGGGGUAGUGGAUAUUAUGCCCUUUGCAGUCUCUCGACUGGUAGGGCGGAUGCAGUUAAUUCGUUCUUAUCGGACAAAUUUUAAUCAACCUUCUAAACAUACGACCUGUGCGAAUUUAGACUAAGCCUACGUUCGUGAACCGAGCAUGACACACGCGUACUAAUACGUAAGAGUGUGUGUGCGUGGGGAUUUGCGAACUUUCUAUAACAAGGACGAACCGGUGGAGCCUCGUCGAAGUAAAGACUCGGAGGUUACUGGUGGCGUUUCGCAUGCGUGUCGUCGUAGGAUGGAUUAGUGAAUUACUAAAUGAUUCGACUCUUUUACAACUUACUCCGGUCCUUCUUCAUCUGGACUCUUUGACCGUAGGUAGUUUUGGACGCUAAAACUAUGUAUACAAUGACGCCCCAUGGCACCGUAAAGUCACCACCCCCUCCCUUUCUAAACUGAAUCGCCUCGCCCCUCACGUCAUAGGCAUCAAUCUAACUUUGACCGCCCUAAGUCACAAGUGAACCAUCAUAUGGAGAAUAAGAGGUCGUUUGAAUUCCGGUUGAGCAACAAUAAUAAGGGUAUUUAUGUGACCAAAUAUGUCAAAUCUGCAUUUUAAGCUUAACUAGGGUUUGGCUCCCCAUAGAGGACGAACUGAUGUUUCCUUCAAAAAGGAGCAGAGCGAUUAGCGACCACGAAGUUUAGUGGCAGGUAUAUUUGUCGACGGUAGCAUAGUAACCACGUGCGUGGGAGAGGGAGGCUGCAAGUCACAACUGUAACUGCGUAGUCGGACCGUCAUGCGCUUGAAAUUGGCGCAGAGGUUGAUUGAGACUGGUUGUGUGCGACCCAUAGAGCAAAAACGCAUGUAUAUGUCGCUUCCCUGCUCAAUUUCAUUCGCCCUCUGCUUGCCUUGGACUGGUCGAGAUAGUUUGCAUGCAUUUACGACCGAUUUAUCAUGUGCUUUUUGGGUGAACAAACUUCCUUUGCAGAAAAGCCUUUUUUGGUCUCUUCUGUGACUAAGCACCUCAUCAUCAGUCCGCCAUAUUUGUUAUUAGGAAUUUGGGAAGCCGACCUAUGUCUGAGAGUCACUUACUAUUUAUCUCUGCAUGUCAUAAAUGCCCGCUAUAAUGACUGUUAUUAUACCUUCUUCUUCUUCUUUCGUCGUUCGUAACGUUUUCUACGACACACAUGAUCUUAAUACUCCCACGUAUUCGGCAUGAUUUGGAAGCUGUAGCGGGAGAUUGGGGUGUAGGGGUGUCCAGCGGUGGGUUCACGUGAUGGUCGUAGUGGUCGCUCACUUGCUUGCAGGUGAGACUACGCCUAGCGUCUAUUUGCUUGCACCCAACUCUCACCUGUGGCUCCACGAAGCUGGGCUCUGCUCAGCGGCCACACCCCGGGCAAAUGUCUCGACCGGCGGGCUAAACCAGGUGAGGGCGCUGUGCGCUUGUGCCGCGUGCACAGUGUACUGCGGACUCCGCUGGAUGGAUGGUCGAAUGAAAAACUGCGCCGGCAUCGUCGAGACGAGGCUCCGCCUGGUACGCCGUUGGACAUCUGCUGCCGGGACGGGUCUCCGCAUCGCCUUCGCUGAGACGCGCCCACCCUCGCCGACGGAGACCGCGGACUCACGACAUAUGCGGUCGUUCUCCACUACAAACACAAAAGUCGUGGCCUCAUAGUAAAAUUCGGUCGCGCCAACCAGGCACAUGGGCAGCCCGAUUCAGGGGCGGCACUGCCUGCCCCCACGAGGGGAAGGGCCUAGAAAAGGUGGCCUAAAAAAUGCUGGGCACCACGCCGUCUGCAGGCUAGCCAAGGCCGCAGAUGUCAUCAACACGGUCGAAAGAAUCAAAAUAAAAAUAACAACAAUACCAAUAACAACAACAACCAUAUUCAUUCUCCUCAUCCUACCUCUUCUUCCUCUUCCUCUGCCUAUUAUUCUCCUUCGUCACCUUCUCCAUCUCCUUCCCGCCGCCCCACUCGUUGUCCCCAGACUGGCAGGGUGAGCCCGCUCGCUCUGGCAGCCUGGAAUGUUCGUUCCCUUUUAGACAAUCCGAGGAGCAACCGACCGGAGCGGAGGACGGCUCUAGUGGAACGAGAACUCGCCCGCUACAAGGUUGACAUCGCCGCACUCAGCGAGACCCGAUUCUCCGAACAAGGCCAACUGGAAGAGGCAGGUGCCGGCUACACCUUCUUCUGGAGUGGUCGGCCCAGGCCAGAGCGACGAGACGCGGGCGUCGCCUUCGCCAUCCGGAACGACAUCAUGGGACGACUGCCAAGUCUGCCGCAGGGCAUCAACGAUCGUCUGAUGAGCCUCCGUCUGCCUCUUCGGGGCGGGGGCAAAUUCGCCACCAUCAUCAGCGCCUACGCUCCGCCGAUGAGCAGUCCCGACGCCACCGCAAGAGACAAAUUCUACGAGGACCUGCACGCCCUCUUGGCGACUGUGCCGAAGGCGGACAAGUUGAUUGUCCUUGGCGACUUCAACGCCCGCGUCGGCACAGACCAUACUGCCUGGAGGGGAGUGCUGGGUCCCCACGGUCUCCGCGGCUCAAACGACAAUGGUGUGCUGCUUCUCCGCACCUGCGCAGAACACCGCCUCAUCCUGACGAACACGUUUUUCUGUCUGCCGGAGCGAGAGAAGGCCACCUGGAGGCAUCCUCGGUCGCGCCAGUGGCACCUGCUGGACUAUGUCCUCGUCCAGAGGCGAGAUCAGCGGGACGUGCUGGUGACGAAGGCGAUCGCGGGUGCUGACGGGUGGACCGACCAUCGCCUCGUCAUCUCGAAGAUGCGUAUUCGCCUACAGCCUCGCAGGAGACCACAAGGUAAGCCACCCCCAGGUAAGCUGAAUAUUGCCCCGUUUUCUUUGCCCGCUCACCAUCUUCAUUUCAGCACUGAGCUAGCUCAAAGGCUAGACAACCUUCCUAUCGCUGCCGACGCCGCCACUGCCGAGAACGCCUCCGUGGAAAACCGUUGGUGUCAACUGCGAGACACGGUUCAGUCAACGGCGCUCGCCGUCCUCGGUCGCGCUUCCCGCCAACAUCAGGACUGGUUCGACGACAACGACGCCGCCAUCAGAAAUCUGCUUGCUGAGAAGAACCGCCUACACAGAGCCUACGUAGAUCACCCAACUGAGGGCAACAAAGCUGCCUUCUACCGCAGUCGUUGCCAACUUCAGCAACGACUGCGCGAGAUGCAGGACGCCUGGACUGCUCGCAAAGCUGAGGAGAUCCAAGGGUACGCGGACCGCAACGAAUGGAAGAACUUCUUCUCUGCGAUCAAAGCUGUCUACGGUCCGCCGACGAAGGACACUGCUCCUCUCCUCAGCGCCGACGGCAACACUCUCCUGACUGAGAAGACGCAAAUCCUGCAGCGAUGGGCCGAGCAUUUUCGAGGCGUCCUCAACCGCCCCUCCGUCAUCUCCGACGCCGCCAUCGAGCGCUUGCCGCAAGUGGAGACCAACGUGGACCUCGACCUCCCGCCAUCUCUCCGGGAGACCAUCAGGGCCGUGCAGCAGCUCUCCAGCGGGAAAGCACCCGGAUCGGACGCAAUCCCUGCUGAGGUCUACAAGCACGGAGGUCCCCAAUUGAUGGAUCACCUGACUGCGCUCUUCCAGGGGAUGUGGCGUCAAGGCGAAUUCCCGCAAGAUUUCAAGGACGCAACCAUCGUGCAUCUCUACAAGCGCAAAGGGAAUCGCCAAGUCUGCGACAAUCACCGCGGCAUCUCCUUGCUGAACAUCGCCGGGAAGAUUUUCGCACGAAUCCUCCUCAACCGUCUCAAUAACCAUCUCGAACAGAGCCUUCUGCCUGAAAGCCAAUGCGGUUUCCGUCGUCAUCGUGGGACCACGGAUAUGAUCUUCGCCCCCCGUCAACUUCAGGAGAAGUGUCAGGAGAUGCGGACCCACCUGUACUCUACCUUCGUGGACCUGACGAAAGCCUUCGACACGGUGAAGCGUUAA